UGGUUGUCCCAAGACUUGAAUCCAUAACCUCAAGUUAUUAGGUUAAGGUUUUACCAUUGAACCAAUGGUCACUCCUAGUUGAGCAGAAAAUAUAUUUUGUAAAAUAAUUUUCAUAUAAUUUUGAAACAAAAAUCAAUGAAAAACAAAUUUACUGAAAAUAUGAGAAAAAAGAAUAAAAAAUAAAACUUUUUUUUUACUAAAAAUAUUUUUUGUUGAAUCAAACGUAGGUUUACAUGUAAAAUAUUCAUUGGCUAUCAAUGAUGUGGGUUUAUGAUAAUACACUGUCUUCUUAUGUCAUAUGUGUCUGACUUUCAUUUUUCAGUCGCCAUAGGCAAAAACCAUCAACCUAAGGUUGUCAUGGUGUUAUAAAAUAUGGCCCCUUCUACAUAGAAAAUUUUCCUUUGUAAAUUCAAAGUUUAGCCCCCAAAACAUUGCCUUUUCCCCGUAUGGCGAUUAUUGGAGGCAAAUGCAAAAAAUUUGCAUAAUGGAGCUUCUGAGGGCAAAGUGAGUCCAAUCAUUUCGAGCAAUUAGGGAAGUGGACGUCUUGAAUCUAGUAAAAUCAAUUUCUUUAAACAAGACAUCGCCGAUCAAUCUUAGCAAGAAGAUUUUCUUGCUCACGUAUGGCGUUACUGCUAGAGCGGCUUUUGGGGGGAAAAGUAAAGGCCCAGAAGAGUUUGUUUCGAUUGCAGAGGAAGUUGCAGACUUCAUAGGUGGUUUCACCAUUGUUGACAUGUACCCAUCGGUGAAGGUACACUCAAAAAGAUGCAUAAAAGGAUUGAUCAGAUACUUGAAAACAUCGUGAAUGACUAUAGAGAAAGAAAGAGAAUAACAGAAAGUGGUAAAGGGGAAGAAGAAGAUCUAGUUGAUGUUCUUUUGAGAAUUCAAAAGCGUGGUGACCUUGAAUUUCCAUUGACAGACUACAUCAAAGCAGUCAUCUUGGACAUUUUCAGUGCGGGAAGCGAGACAUCAUCAACAAUCGUAGAUUGGGCAAUGUCAGAAAUGCAAAACCAACAAGUAAUGAAAAGAGCAUAAGCCGAAGUACGACGUGUCUUUGACAAAAAAGGAAAUGUCCAUGAAACAUGCCUUCAUGAACUAAAAUACCUAAACUCAGUUAUCAAAGAGACCUUGAGGCUACAUACCUCAGCUCCAUUGUUAGUUCCAAGAGAAAGCGGUGAACAAUGUACAAUUAAUGGAUACGGCAUACCUGCCAAGACCAAAGUCAUUGUCAAUGCUUGGGCAAUCGGCCAAGACCCCAAAUAUUGGAAUGAAGCAGAGAAAUUUGAUCCUGAGAGAUUUCUUGACAGUGAAAUUGAUUUCAAGGGGAGAUAUUUUGAGUUCAUUCCGUUUGGUGCUGGAAGGAGGAUAUGCCCCGGGAUAUCAUUUGCGAUUCCUAACAUUGAGCUUCCACUUGCACAAUUGUUGUAUCAUUUUGAUUGGAAACUCCCUGAUGGAAAGAAGUAUGAAGAACUAGACAUGGAAGAGGACCUUGGUUUGAUUGUGAGAAGAAAGAAUGAUCUGAUCUUGAUUCCCAUUCCUUAUGAUCAAUCCUCUUUUUUCUGUUGAGGAAGAAAACAAAGAAUAUAUGUUAAAUGCUAAUUUUGUUUUGUACACACUACUCUACAUGAGAGAAUUCUAAAAUAAUGUCAAUGUUUCAAAUGAGU